AUGACUUGUGUGGCAGCCAGCCUACCCGAGACGAAACCAUUCAGCGCCUGGGCCUCGGGACACCAGCCGCGCGGCGCAGACGGCGGCGAGUCCCAGCCCUGGCGGCGCUCGCAGCCCCUGCCGGCCUGCGAGCCUCCGGCGCCCCCCCCUGUGCCGGCGCAGUCCGAGCCAGGGGCGGCCCGCUGGGGCGAGCUCGCGCGUGCCGCCGCCGCCGACUCCGCCUCGAGCGCGGAGUUCUCCGAGGUGCUCCGUGCGCGGGCCCUCCCGAAGGGCCUCGACCUUGCCCGGCUGCAGGGCGCGCUGCUAAGCUGCGUGGAGGGUCUGUACCGGGACCGGGUGCGCCCUGACGUCGGCGAGGUGCAGCGGCGCCUGCGUGGGUGCGGUUGGCAGGCCCGCGAGGCGGGCGCCGCGGCUGCGGUGGCCGCCCGCGAUUCCAGCCUCUACCACGUCGUGCCGCCGCAGGAGACGGCCAACCCCCGGCGAUCCUGCUGCGCUACGUGCCCCGCUGGUUCGCUGGCUGGGCGGACCUGGACGCCCCCGGCGCGCUGGCGCCGCAGCUGGGCCAGGCGAUUCACGACGUGGGCACGCGCCUGA